AUGACCGUUCGAUGGGUGUGUAUCACUCAUUAUCCGGUUGAUCAACUCGCGUUAAUUCAUGAAUUAGACAAUAUACCGGAAGUACAGAUGAAUAUAUUUAAAAGUUUUUUGGAAUUCGUUGGUGAGAUGGAUUCUACCAAAAUGGCACGUGUUGCUAACAUAUUGGAUAGCGGACUACGUUUGCGUUGCAUCGCCUUAUCUUACUUAAAAUUCUCUGAAUCUAGUUUUGAAAUAUUGAAAAAAGCAGCGAGUCGAGCUUCUAUUAGGGUUGUGUCUUGUGGUCGUUAUAUAUGUAGCAAACCGUCGCAUAAUGAAAUAUUACAAAUUAAAAACGAACUAAAAUUGUCUUGUGAUGUAAUUGCUUCAAACCAUCGAAUUAAGGAAGUAGACAUUUCAAUUAACGAUGUAUAUACAGAAGAAUUUGAUGGAAUCGUCGAUUUAUUACGAUCGAAUCGAAAUAUAUCUUCUCUAGCAUAUAGAUGGUCCACUACUAGCAAAAGUAUUACCCAGAUGAUAUCUGCUUUAAUAAACAGUCAGAACUUCACUGAACUGAAUUUAAGCGAUCUUUCACUUUCCUUGGAGCAUAUACAAUUAAUAUCUACGAUGGUUCAGUCGAAUCGUACGUUACGUAAUCUCACGCUAUCGAGGACCAAUAUCAAUGAUGAAGGAAUGCAAAUGCUCACUAACGCUAUCUGUAUCAAUCCUAUCAUGAAGAAGUUGAACGUCUCAGGCAAUGGUUUGUCCGACAUAAGUGCUACAUGCAUCGUGCGUUUAUUGGGAAGUUGCGCGAGUUUAACAAAUUUAGUUUUAUAUAAUAAUAAGAUUACUAUUGUUGGUGGUAAGCUGAUAUUUGACGAACUACAAACGAAUCGAACGCUUCUACAUCUCGAUAUCAGUUCUAAUGAGCUUUCGAUCGAGGAAACAAAAGAUAUGGGCAAAUAUAAACAAAAUGUCAUCAAUAUCAAUAAACUGAUUGCUGGAGUUUUACUGAAAAAUACUACUCUCUGUUCGCUGGAUUUAUUUGGAAUCGAACUACCACAAGACCAUGUAAAUUCACUCAAUGAAGCUCUAAUAAAAAAUCGAGGUUUAGCUCAUUUUCGAUUGUAUAAGAACAGAUUUUCUCGCGUCUCGAUACAGCCGAUUACAGAUGUUUUACAUUGGAAUGGUUCUUUGAUUAGUAUCAAUCUAUCCUCAAGCACUUUGAAUGUAUCGGAUUAUCGGAAGCUUAGUGAAAUACUCCGAAGAAAUACUAAACUACGAUCUUUGAAUCUUUCUUAUUGCGCGAUAACAGAUCACGGAAUUUCUUUAAUCGCUGAAGGUUUGAAAUAUAAUCACACUCUGACACAUCUCAAUUUAAGUUACUGUGAUUUGACAAAAGUAAGUGCCGACAUACUGGGCAAUGUACUUCGAAUCAAUUCAAAUUUCACUUAUUUGGAUAUGAGUUCCAACAAAAUUGGGGAUGAUGGUCUUGAAGCUAUCACUCGAGCUCUAUCUGAUGAUUGCUCAUUGACAUUUUUCAGCAUCAGUAAUAAUAACAUUACUGAUGUUGGUGGUAAAUGUUUAGUCAAUGCGCUUGAAAUGAACAAUACAUUGCUUUUUCUUGACAUCAAAUUUGGAAAUGAUUUAUCUCUCAAUGUUCUGAAACUCCUUCGAACUAUCCGUCGUAAUUUAAAUGUCACUUAA